AUGGCAAGCACAAGGAAGGUGGAAGUAAACUAUGUGGGAAACACUCGCAACACAAUAGAAUUGAAGAUCGAUGGAGAGACACACACACUAGGAAGUCUUCUUUCGGAGGAGCUUCUCGAAGACAAGAGAUGCCUCUUCAGUGCAUAUAGGGUUGAGCAUCCUACCGACAAUCAUGUCUUCCUUCGCAUUACAGCAGACAAGGAUUGUCAAGUAAAAGACUUACUCCUGGAGACACUUAAGAGAAUCGAGGAAGAUACUGUAUUAUUGAUAAGUCAACUCAAAGGAUUCUAA